AUGAGUGCUAAUUCAAAAGACAAGGCAGAUAAAAUUGACACCUCCUAUGUGGAAGAUCUUGAAGAAGAAGAAGUGAAAAGGGUUGCCACGGUUGAAAAUGUGGAAUUGGAGAGAAAUUUGGAACUUCCAGAAUCGCUCCAACAUAUGUCGGAGGAGGAAUUUGCAGCCUUCGAAAAAAAGACAAAGAGGAAGAUUGACCUUCGUCUCUUGCCUAUGUUGGUUCUUAUUUAUAUUUUGAACUACUUGGACAGAAAUAACAUUGCGUCGGCAAGACUUGGGUACUUGGAGGAGGAUCUUGGUUUGAAAGGUGCUCAAUAUCAAACCUGCGUUUCCAUUUUGUUCGUUGGAUACAUCUUGAUGCAAAUUCCUGCCAAUAUGCUUUUGAACAAGAUGGCUAGACCUUCACUUUUCAUUACUUGUAUCAUGACUAUUUGGGGUAUAAUAAGUACUUGCACCGGUGCCGUUCAAAGCUUUGGUGGUUUGUUUGCCAUAAGAUUUUGCUUGGGUUUCAUUGAAGCUGGUUUUUUCGGGUGUGCUCUUUACUACUUAUCAUGCUGGUACACCAGGAAAGAAUUGUCAUUGAGGAAUGCAAUUUUGUACUCUGGUUCUCUUUUCUCAGGAGCAUUGUCAGGGUUGAUAGCCACGGGUAUCAUCGAUAGAAUGAACAAUGUUAGGGGAUUGAAAAGCUGGAGAUGGUUGUUCAUAAUUGAAGGUGCCAUUACGGUAGCCAUUGUUCCACUUGCCUACUUCGUUUUACCUGACAUGCCUUCCAACACAAAGUGGUUAAGUCAGGAGGAAAAGGACUUGAUAAUGUGGAAGUUGAGAAGAGAAGUUGGACAAGACGAUUCCGAUAAGGAAACCGACGAAAGUUAUCUUGGUGCAUUUAUUUUGGCAAUCAAAGAUAUCAAAGUAUGGGGCGUAACUGGUACUUUGUCUUUCCUUGUGGCUGCUUGUGGUGUGACCAACUUCUUUCCCUCGGUGGUUCAGACAUUGAAUUUCAACAGGGUGACUACCUUGGGUUUAACCGUUCCUCCUUACAUGUUAGCUGUGGUUGCAACAUAUCUUUGGGCUAGACAUGCCGAUAAAACAGGCGAGAGAUACUGGCAUGUUGUUACUCCGUUGUUCAUUGCUAUGGUUUCUUUUAUCAUUGCUGUUUCGACGCUCAACGUUGGAGCAAGAUACUUUGCCAUGUGUGUCAUGAUUCCUUCUUUGUACUGUUCGUUCACCACGAUUUUGUCAUGGAUGUCCAAUUGUGUUCCAAGACCGCCUUUAAAGAGAGCUAUUGCUCUUGCAUUGAUGAACUGUUUGUCGAACUCAACAUCCAUUUGGAAUGCAUACCUUUAUCCAUCUAGUGGAGGUCCAAGAUACUUGGUAGCUUUUGUGUGCAACAUUGUAUUCUUAUUGCUAGCUAUUGCUACUGCCACCAUUUUGAGAAUCCGCCUUCUUGCCUUGAACAAGAGAAUCGAAGCAGGAACAAUGAAAUGGGAGCAUGAGUUGGGUCAUGGCAACGACGGCAGCAAGAUUGCUCCAGAUUUCCGUUACUUAUACUAG